AUGAAUCAGUUCGACACUGAUCUUCUUGAUCUUCCAAAUGAAAUAUUACUUAUUAUCUUAAAAAAGCUUGACAAUAUUGAUGUAUUGCAUUCAUUAUUUGGAAUUGGUAAUCAUCUAAUCGAAAUUUUGCUACAAGAUGAUAUAUUUACUAAUACUCUUAAUCUCGUAACGACAUCAUCAAUUACUGAUUUAAAACUUGAACGGUUUUGUAAUGAUAUUUUACCUUGA